AAUUAAAUUUUACCACACCAUAUUGUUGUAUUAUUACGAUAAAAGAAAAAGCAAACAUUAAAAGAAAAGAAAACAUGAAUUGAAGAGUAACAAAAAGAAAAAAAGAAGAUAGAUUACAUUGGUAAUAGGAAGAAGAAGAAGAGAUUACGACAGUGCAUCUCCCCAAACAGUUGACCUUGCAAGACACAGACGCAACACCGCACUCUUUUUGGCUAACACAAAUUCACGUUAAAUUUCUCUCAAACGCUAACUCAAACUCCAAUCAAAUUCCCUAUUCCCUCCACGGAAACGAUGUCGUUGGAGGUGGAGGAGGAGGAGGCCUUCGAGCACACGCUUCUGGUGGUGCGUGAGGUCUCUGUCUACAAGAUCCCGCCGCGCACCUCCUCCGGUGGAUACAAGUGCGGUGAGUGGCUCCAGUCCGACAAGAUCUGGUCGGGGCGGAUCCGCGUCGUAUCUCGUCGGGACCGCUGCGAGAUCCGCCUUGAAGAUCCGAACUCCGGUGACCUCUUUGCUGCCUGCUUCGUGUACCCUGGCCAGCGUGAGAGCGCGGUGGAGCCAGUCCUCGACUCGUCGCGCUAUUUCGUCCUCAAGAUCGAGGACGGUCGCGGUAAGCACGCCUUCAUUGGGCUAGGGUUCAAUGAGAGGAAUGAGGCCUUCGACUUCAACGUGGCGCUCUCCGAUCACGAGAAGUACGUCCGCCGCGAGCACGAGAAGGAAUCUGGUGACUCCGCCGCCGCUGAAGAGUCUCAGAUCGAUAUUCACCCCGCUGUCAAUCACAGGCUUAAGGACGGGGAAACCAUUAGAAUUAAUGUGAAGCACAAGGUAUCUGGUGGAACUGGCAUGCUUUCAGCUGCUGGCCUAACCGGUGGGCAUGCUGCAACACCAAAACCAAAAACCUUGAGCCUAGCUCCCCCACCAAGUGGGAUUGGGAAAAUCAGGUCUCCCCUUCCACCCCCACCAAAUGAUCCUGUUGCUGCUCGGAUUGCUUCCACAGGUCGCGCUACUGAUCCUAAAGGGACAUAUGAAAGUGUGAAACAUUCUACUGACUCUUUAUCAGAUCUUUCUCAACUACAGAAAAAUCUUCCCUCAACAAACACCUCAGGAGCUUCAGGAUGGGCAGCCUUCUGAUUACAUAUAUGAGCAUUUUAACAAUGAGGCUUUUAUCAUUCUCUGAUUUUUUUGGUUCUUUAAAUUGAGAAAAGCUACAGUUGAAGAAUCUGUGCACAAGGAGGUGUCAUAAGUGAAUUUAGCGCCAACUACCGAUCUCUUGAGAAUAUUAUGGAAAUAUUUAUGUAUUUCUUUGUUUGUAAUAACAGUUUUCUCAUCUCUAUAAAAAGAAUUACCCCCAAUCAGUAUCCCAAAAGAAUAUUUCUUGAUUAA